AUGCCACCAUUUGAUGAUGGUACGACUGAUGACGAGGAUGCACCAUCGGAGGCUGAUACAAAUGACGGCUUGAACUCUGCAGGGGGCAUAAGUGCAUCUAAUGAUGGCAAGGGUCUGCGAUUCAACAUCGAGUUCAUUUCAUUGAGCUCGGAUGUCUCAAAGCGACGCAAAAACGCAAAACAUAAAAGCAUCAAUAAGGUUAUAUAUAUUCAUGAGGACUAUCUGCUCAGCGAUAUGCUUGUCAUAGUCCUUCAGCAUUCUGGGCUGUACUCCAAUGGACAAGUGCUUUAUAUCAACUCCCCUACAAUCACCUACUCAGUUCCGAAGACUCGCACAAAGGAUAUCGCGCUCGAGGGUGAAGAUUACUUCACAGAAAUGGUCGGGCAAGUCCAGGCAAAGAAGAAUGCUGAAGGGACAUCAAUUAUCAUUCCAGAUGCUGCACGAGACACAGAUGAAUCAGAUGAUGAAACAGUGGGGUUACCAACACACACACAAAAGAAGCGCACAAAUGUACCAGAGUCAGACGAUAAUCAUACACGGCAACCAAAUGGACGCAAGCAAGCAAAAACGGAUAGAAUCAUCAAGGACCUCCAAGACCGAUACUGCAAAGACAAGGCUUGCCCAUACGACGUAUUGCGGCCUGCCGGCACUUUAUUCAAUGACCAUGUUUAUCUUACAGUCCAGCAUUUAAAGUUUGAAGCAAGAAAACUCGAAGAUGGUAUAGACAUUAAUCACCCUGCCAACGGCAAAAUGUUUGACCCCUUCCAAUGCCGAACAACAUCUACCGCAGGCUCAUCCGAUGAUAGCAAUGACGUUCUCGCACUUGCAAAACGACGAAGAAAUUAA